AUGGAAACCUUCUUGACUGGAACUGGUAACAACGACGACUUGUUUUCAAACCAGAAUGGGUGCUCUUACUCUAAGCUUCCGCGUUUUGUUCAUGGCAAAAAAGUGAAUAACAAUGAGAGCUUCACUUCGGUUGAGGAAGACAGUUCAGACAUUCUGGUGUCGGAAGGGGACGGCAGUGGUUCCGAAAUGGACAUAACCGAGGAUUAUCCGAGCGAAACACGAGCGAUUACGAGAAAAGAUUCGACAUUCUGUGUUCCAUUGAUUCGUGUCGAAGACUGGAGCUUUUCUGAAAGUGAUAUGGAAGAUGACUUGGAAGACUCCUUGCCACCAUUUAGCUUUGUCGGAACUAAGGAAAAGGUAAAAGUUUAUUCAGUUUUUAUUUUUUUCGUGUAAAUUUUUGUUUUCGUGUUGUAAGAAGAUGCAAGAAAAAAAAAUGUGAGGUUGGGAGCGGACAGAGCGUUUGAUUUAAAGGUAAACAAAAGUAUCUGAAUUACACUUCGUGGUUUAUGUUGAAAUGACGUAAAUCGCUGAGGACAAUAAAGGCUUAACUUCACACGGGUUUCGUAAAGUUUGUAUCACCGAAAAAUAGCUUACAAAACAAUUAAGCCUUAAGAACUCACUGUUGAAUUCUGAUGAAAACUGUUUAUAUUGCACGAAACUUCGUCGCUUCAGAAAACGUCGAGAAACGAAACGUGUUUCAAAAUACGCGUGAAUUACACCGACCGUCACGGAUUUUUAUUGAGAAAAAAGGUUCACUAGUUGAAGAUUGCUAAGAAUUGAUUUGCCUCGGCGACAAUAGUUUCAUUGUUUUGUAGCAAAAAAAAUAUACAGAUACAUAUUAUUUUAUUUGUCGUAAUGCUCUUUAAAUUCACGUGGCGUUUUUAGAAGGAAGUACAAUUUCCGACCAUGAAACUUGAAUUUAGUUAAGUAUCAAGUGACUUUUCGAGUAUGGAAAAUAUAUAUUAAUGUUACAUACUGAAAAACAUUUCCGAGGAGAUAGCUUUUUUGAGCCUCUUUUAGAACUAACGUCACGAGGCUGAGAUUUAUGAGGAAAAAGUAUUUUAAGCUGCUUUAGUUUUUCAAGAGAAAGUUGACCAAAAUCAUUUUGUUGACUGUUUAAGUCUUUUGGCAGUUAUUGAUGUGCAAUACGUUCAAAACAGAAAGCCCACAUGCGUGAAAGAAUGGUAUAAAGGAAAAUAAACUAAAAAACAAGCCUGAAACCAAAAAUACGCUAAUGUACCCUUAAGCCGCAAUAAUGUAAAAAAAAAAACAAAACAAAAACAAAUUGAGGUGCUGUGUUUUGAAAAAACUUAACGAAAUGAGAUUUAAUUCCGAUGAUGGAGCACUUAGUGAAAACAGACAUUUGUAGUACGCAAAACACGAUAAUCGCAAGGAAGAAAUGUAACAAUUUGUGAAAAAAAAAUAGGACCCACUGGACAUCAUUACAGUCUCAAAUAAAAAUUCUUUACGGUUGGUAAAAGACACAGGACAAGAACGGACUAAAGUUUCACUCGUACGAACUGCAAAAAUCGCAAAUUAAAUUCUAAUCUUUUAUAAAUUACGUGUUUUCAAAAGUUUUCUAAGGAAGAGUUGAAGGCCAAAAAGGUAUUAGGUAAAAAAAUUAUACUGGGAGAAAUAAACAGCAAGAUGUACUUGUUAUAAAUUUAGUCCUUUCAUUACGUCUACCAUUAAUGGAAACAAAUUGCGAAACGACGUAGAAAAUUUUUCCAGAGUAUACGAUUUCAGGGGCCCAUUAACGAUUUCUCUCGAAAAGUAAUUCUAAAUUGAAUGGACAACAUCGACAGAUAACAUUAUACUAAUUACAUGACUAGAUUUUAUCAAAAUGAAAUUGAAAGCGUGGUUAGUGAAUUUAAUGUCAAAGUAUGAACAAAUUAGCAUGAAAAAGAGAAAAGUGCAGUUAGCGAUGGAUUUUCACCUUUUUUUUUUUUCGUAUAAUUCGUUUCGAUUAGAUAACUUGGCAGUGAGCUUCCUUUUUGAACUUCACGAAAAAAAACAACGAAGCAACCUAGUAGUGUUUUCACCUGCCUCAUUCAUUUUGUUUCCUAAAUAUAAAUUUCGAUCUUAAAGUAAGUGAUUUUGUCCUGUUUUCCUUGCAGAGUUCUACAGAAUUUGGAAAGUGUCGAAGCAGAUCUCGCUCCAUCUAAGGAGAAGCAGUAACCAUCAACAACAGCGAGUGUUGGACUUAAAACGAAAUCAAUAUACUACUUAUGAAAACGAAAUUGUUUGUUUGUAUCAUACAGUUCAGUAGUAAUAAAAAACACUUCUUUAUUGGGAAUAGGGCCAUGCCCUCAUAUUCCCUAAAAGCCUAGAACCUAUCCCGUCUCAGGUAAUUGAAAAAAAAAACUGCAUUUCGUGUCGUAUGGUUCAAUUUGUAUCACUGAACACUGGGUCGAGGGUAUUGAGACGCGCAGUGGACUAGAUAUGGGUCUGUGUUCAACUUGAGAGUUUGAGAGUGCAUGAUUCAACAAUGAAAGGGUCAACUUCUUUCUUUACCUCGCUAUUGUAAUCAGUACUCGUGUUCUAUGAUUAGUCAAACUGAAUGAAUAUAUUCCAUUUUAUUCUAAAUUAAUCUAACGCAGUAGUUUAUAGAGGGCGUCAGUUUAAAUAACUAAUAUCUCUUUUUCGGCUAAAACUGAUUAAACUUUGAGAUAAAAUAACUUUUUGAGAUAAAAUAACUUAACAUACCAGCUGAAACAAAACAACAGAAAAUGUUUUCUUAGAGGGAAACAUCUGGUCACUUAAAACGUUGUCUAUCGCGCACAGGUUAUUGCUUAAAACAUUCUAGGAAUUUUAGACAUUUUGCACGUACAUGGUACAACUGUGCAACUUAUAAUGGAAUUAAAAUAAUCAUAUACUGCUUCAGUGUGUCUUAAAUUACGAAAAAAAAUACCUAAGAUGGCAAAUACUACAAUGAAAGAAAAAGUAAGAUAUUUCAAUGGAAAAGACAUCGGUAUCGUACAUUUUGAUCUAAAGAGCUAUCACAUGAGUUUUUUUCUGAAGAUGACGACUUUUUGACGCAGCCAUACGUUCAGUGUUCUAACUAAAAUCAGAACAAAUGGUGUUAAGUGAAAGUGAACAUAUUCCCAUUUGCGCUGAUCAUAAACGAAAACUAUUGAACUAAGUCUUAAAUCGAAAUUGCUUGCAGUGAAAUAGGAUAAAGACUGCCACAGUGUGUGUAAUGUCAGAAUUUGUCAAACAGUUACGUUUUCAUUUAGUUGAUAAAAGUGAGUGUAAGCAUUCCAUCCACGGCAACUACAAACGGCGAUAGUCACCCAAAAUUUUGUGACUAUUCUUCUUAACUCUUUAGAUCAACCCUUGCGCAAUUAAUCACUUGUUCACACUUAAUGCCAGAAUUUUCACUGAAGUAUACUAACGACUGAAAGGAGACAAAACGAAUUCCAACUUCAUCCUAUCGACGUUUUUGUAAAUAUCAUACUCAGCUUACAUCACUGAACCCAUUACUUUGUUCACUUGUUCCUUUAUAGCGUUAUAUCGUGAAAUAUUAUUGCGGCAGCAUGUGAAAACUUAGAAUAUAUACAAAGCUAAGAAACUAUUGUGCAUUAAUUUUUUUUUUUGCAACGAAAUGAAAAUUCCUUGUGUAGGAAAAUACUUUUAUAACCGUUCCGUUUACAGUAAACGCAUAUGAACCCUUCAGCUUCCGAAACGAUUAACACGUAACUUCUCCCUACAUAUUAUCCUUACGUUAUCAAGCAAAUAGGUAAUGAGAAUAAUCAAACUUAUCAGGCUGAAGUUAUUUUCUAGAUCUAAUACCAAAUUCUUGUAACUUAUUAACAGGAAAAUGUAUAACAGCUAGAGAGGAGAAUUAACAGUAAGAUCUUGGGAUUUAAAGGGUUAAGCUCGGCUACUCAAACAUCUCGCGCUUAAUGAUCCUUCAGCUCAUUUAGUAAAACUGUUUACUUCCUGAAAGCCCACCGCUCCGAUUUUUUAUAAUUAAAACCCGGCUACUUAGUCAGGUAGACGAUAAACUUGAAAGCUUUUGUGAAAAGGGCUGGAUUAAGAUAAUACUCACUUGUCAGACUAAUGAAAAAUAAGGAAGUAUAUUUGCAUAACAUUUAAAUGCUGCAAUUGAACUCAAAGGCUCGUGCAAAUUAGUUUGGGCCAUUGUUGUUUUAGUGUACGUUUAAUAAACACGCAAGAAGUAAUCAUGUUUCCUUAGGGUACACCAAUCGAAGAAGAAGGAAAAGGAUAGUUGGAGGGAAAGACAUUUCACUUGGAUAACCCAAUACGAAGUUGUGAGGAGCUUAAUUUUAACGGACCUUGCAUAAUGAAGGAAAUUGGAAUGAAGCAUUUAAAUGAUUUCGGCGGCUUUGUCGAUCCCAGGUGUGUGUACAAGUUUGACUGCUAAGUGAUAUCUGUUUGUUGAUGCUAUCUCUGGCAUAGUUCUGAAACAGGAAGACUUGACACUUAAAACGUUUCUGUUCUUUGGAUUGACGGAAAUUGCACUGGAAGGCAAAAGAAAUCGAACCUUUUUGUUCUUCAAGUAAGGAUCGUUUUCACAACUAGCGCGUCUACAAAGUUUAAAAUAACCAAAUGUAUUUGCCAACUAGAAUCUUAAGCUACCUUUUAAUGAAAAUAACGGAGAUUUAUCAACAACUGAUUUAGCAAAGUGUAUUACUUUUUGUGACCAGAGGUGUAAUUAGACAUGGCAUCAAGUCACUAACAAAAAAGUAUAGACUGACAUACGAAGCUCUUCAAUUAUUCUAACGACUUACUCUUUCCAACAAGUCUACAUUUCAAAUUUAAUACUCUUCGACGUCGAUAUUGUAGAUCGAGGAAGGUGAAAACCUAAGCGGUUGUGGUCUCAAGUUUGUCUGAUUGUUGAGGAGUCGGAAAAGUAUUAUCAAAGAAGCUGAAGAUGUUAAAACGAGUAAGGAGGCGAUCGAGUAAACAUCAGGUAAACAUGUCAUUGUUUAAGAUUCCAUCAAUGGAUAACUCUAGAUUUCUUCGAAUACUUUCAAGUUCGAAGAUUCUUAAAGUCCAAUUCUCUCUUAUGAACUAUGGUCGGCGUAUGGAAAUGACAAUUGUCCUUAAAAAGAGAGGGUUAUUGUAAACCAAUAAUAAUAUAAAUUUGGGAUGUUUUCUGUAUCGAUGGGCUGACAGACUGCGGGCGGAAAAAAGUCCGCAAACUCACACUACAUCAACAAAAUUAACUCCGGGCUUCUGCUCCAGCAUCAUAAGGGUUUAAAUUCUAAAUAAUUCCCAGUCGCCUUAUUGAGGAAAACUUUAACAAGAAGGGUGCACAUAGAAGGAGCGCCAAACACUGAAACCGAAGUCCAAUUAGCAUCUGAUAGAUAAUAUUGGUAAUACUUAGAGACCAUUAUCAUUUGUUCAAGUAUACACAACAGUCGUCGCACUGACGCUGAUUUUGAGUUCAACCAUGUAACUAGCAUUAAUGAGUUCAAACCUUACACAAGAAGGCAGCUUAUUUGAACAAAGAAUUAAUGAACAGAGCGAAGGACUAACGCGCUAAACGUCAGCUCUAGAAACCUUUCACGGUGGCCAAUUUACAUUAUCAACUCAGUCGAUAGAACCAAGUUACAUUAUAGUAUCCCCCCUUACACAGUCCCCCUGCAUAGCCCCACAGUUUAUUUAGAAACUUACCCCCUUUAUUCAUUAGUGAAUAGUUUGCAGCCAAUCAGCGAACGGAUUUUCGUAGGAGUCAAUUACUCCCUAGCAAAAUCUGGGUAAAUAUUAAUCGAAAACAGUGAGGAAAUGAAGGGGUAAAAUUUCAACAUCUCAUGACAGUUUUGAAGGAUGGUUCUGGAGUCUCUCGGCAGCACUUUUUUACAUUGCAAUCUAAACCAUUUAUUUAUUUACUUCAAAAAUAAAGGUGCGAUUUACGUCAGUUUAAACAAGGGUAAAUUCUUGUUUUCAGAAUAAGAGCCUGAUUAGCAUUGGCUCUGAAAGUGAUAAUGAAGAAAACAUUUAGGAAGUAAGCAGCGCACAUGGUAUUCAUUAACUUUCAUCAAUCAUAAAUUUUAAAAGGAUUUGUUCGGGUAAUUAGUGAUAAUAAGCUGUCAAAUUCUGUUUUUCACAGCUCAUAGAAAAACCUGAAGAUUUAAGUAAUUCAGGGAAGAAAGACAGUCCAUCGAACGAAGAGGUUUUAGAAAGAAUUAUCUCGGAGCUUCGAACUGAGGUGACAACUCUUAAGGAACAGCUGGAACAAGAAAAGAAAGCCGGGAGUGACGUGAAGAGUUUGAAAACACAACAAAUAUGUACUCUUACAUUUAAACUGGCAAAUGCAGUGAGACAGAGAGAGUUAGCCGAAGGAGAACUAGCUAAAGUGAAAAAAGAAAUGGAAGAGCUAAAAGAGGUGUUAGGAGCACAACAUGAGGAACUGAAGGCUGAGGGUGAGGAAUGUGGGAAUGAUGGCAGCCGGCAGCAGGAGGAAUCUGUCCUACAAGAGUGUGCUGUAGAAGAAACGGGCGAAGUAAACGAACAAGAAAAGAUGGCUAAAGAUGACACCAUAGUUUUGUCUUUUCCUGACAAGGACGAAAAAAACCGACUGAAUGAUUGUGUGGACAAUGGAGAGGUUUUUUCAGCUUUCGGCGAGGAACUGAAGGCUGAGGGAGAGGAAGGUGGGAAUCAUGGCAGCGGGCAGCAGGAGGAAUCUGUCCCACAAGAGUGUGCUGUAGAAGAAACGGGCGAAGUAAACGAACAAGAAAAGAUGGCUAAAGAUGACACCAUAGUUUUGUCUUUUCCUGACAAGGACGAAAGAAACCGACUGAAUGAUUGUGUGGACAAUGGAGAGGUUUUUCCAGCUUUCGGCGAGGAACUGAAGGCUGAGGGAGAGGAAGGUGGGAAUCAUGGCAGCGGGCAGCAGGAGGAAUCUGUCCCACAAGAAUGUGCUGUAGAAGAAACGGGCGAAGUAAACGAACAAGAAAAGAUAGCUAAAGAUGACACCAUAGUUUUGUCUUUUCCUGACAAGGACGAAAGAAACGGACUGGAUGAUUUUGUGGAGAAUAGAGAGGUUUUUUCAUCUUUCGACAACAAAUGCGAUAAGCUUUUAAACGAUGACAGUUUGCAUGAAGACUGGCCAACAGAAGUACACAGUCAAGACAUCCCUUGUGAUAUUGGUUUAUUGAGUUCGUCAUUAGCAUUGACUGAUGACGACUGUACAAAAGGGAAUUUGUCCAUUCGAGAUGAAAGUGAAGAUGUCCACCAAGUUGAUGCAUCAUUGCAGAGUUCGUUGUCCGGACCGUCUGAUACAAAUGAGGAAAGUCCUAGAGAAAACGGUGAAGAACUGGAGAAGAUUCGGGAAGAUGUUUGCAAAGUACAGGAAAACGCAAUUAAAUUGUCAGACACAAGCUAUGAGUUGGUGGAGGAUACGCAGAAUGCUACUAAACAGAAAAAUAAUACCUUAGAAACAUUAAGCCCGUGCUCAGUACAAAACUUUCCGCGAAUUUUCUCAAAGAUUAUCGAGGAAGAUCAGAUUUCAUCCCUACCUACCCUUCCCAAGGCUACUGAUUACACAGAGGAAAAGUUUGGAACGUUACUGACGGAUAAUAGAGCAACUAAUCAGAGCCCUCUCUCGUUCUUUGGGGAGGCCGACGAAGAACCAGAUGUUCACCUUAAGGACUUUUUGAAAAAGGAAGGUGAAGAAAAUUUGACAAGCGGGCCCGGAACAGUGCAAGAGGGAACAACUUUAGAGAGUUUUCUCAAGAACGAACCGGUUCUCAAAGUUUUUGAAACUGGUGAUUACAAAAGUUCAGACAGGAUUUCCAUGAUUUCCAAUACUGCCGAAAAUGCCACAGAAAGUUACAUCCGAAAGGGCAGCGAAAACGAGUUCUUCUCCCAAACUGUGAGCCAAGAGGUCGAGGAUUUGAAGCAACAGUUAAAAAGUGCCAUGCAAAAGAUUGAAGAACUGAGACUUGAAAACAAAGAAAUGAAAAAAGAAAUUGAAAACCUAUCCUCCUCAACAGCCGAGAAAGCAUUCCUUUUGAAAACAACAAAAUUUACGGAUCGAUUAUUGCGAGACAUGAAAGAAAGAGAAGCAAAGGUGCAUGUCCCUCAGCUUAGGUCAUCUGCCUCAGACAAAAUUGGAUUGGAAAGGGAAUAUGGUCAUACAGGACUCCCAGCGCAAAGUCAAGUUGGUUUAACAGGAGAUAUUCGAAGAAAGACGUCCAUACCAUUGAAGAUCAUCGGCGAAAAAUUGAAAGAAAUCACAAGGUCAGUGGAAAAUAUGGCUAUGGAUCCAGAAUCAUGCGAAGAAACCUCCACAGAUGUCUGCAAGUCAUAUUUUGUGGAUUUGAAGUCGCCAUAUCAAAACUACCCUUUUGAAAUGGAGGAGCCUUUAAUCAGACCAUCAGAAUCUAAAACAUUUAGUGCACAAAGCUCACCAUUUUUUCAAGACAAUCCAGGGCAAACGCAAAGGGGAUGUUAUACUUCUGUGCAGAAACUUGGGGAGGAGAAUUUAAUCUCUCCAAAAAAAUUUCAGCAACAGCUCAUAGAGAGAGAUCAUGGCCAGAGAGAAAACGCGCUCAAACUUACCGAUGGACUCACGCAUGCGCCGGAACGGUGUGUCUAUGAAAGCCCCCGCCGCAGGUGGAAGCUUCAUGUCGAUGCUCCAGACUACGUUCAGCGGUAUGUGGUCCGCUCUUCUGCUCAUAUCGCUAACAUGCGAGACCUAAAACCAGAAGAAAUUGCUUUCUAUUCAAAGCAAACUUAUAAGUAA